AUGACGAGAGGCACCCCGUGGGAGUGGGCGGGCACGUUCGACCUUGCCGCCGGGCACUACACGUGGUCCUGCACAAAGUCGGAGUCCGGAAGCUACGCGGACGGCUCCGCGAAGAUCCUCGUGUAUCCGCUGGUUGACUCGUCUGGCGAGUCGCUCGAAGCCGUCGAGUCGGCCGCCGAGACGGCGUGGGCGACCUCGACCGCGAAGUCUUCCUAUGAGGAGUUGGAGACGGGCAGUACGUACACGCUGAGCUUUGAUACUGAGACUUGGACCACCCACUUCAUCCUUCACGUUGACACAGCUGGUGCUUACGCCGUCUUCUUCGAGCACAGUCCCUACGAGUUCGAGAAUGGCUUCCACUAUCUAAGAUCGGAGGGCGGCGAGGACGUAGAACCCGCUUUCGAGGAAGAGGGCGGCAAUCACUCGCACGAAGAGCAUGAGGAGCACUGCCCGUGGGACUUGGAGUGGGAGUGGUCGGCUGUCUUCCCUGUGGAGCAAGGUUGGUACGACUGGAACGCGGAGAAGGUCGACGGGGACUACGCCGACGCGCACAUGAAGAUUGUGAUCAUGACGACUACCGAGACGGACCUCCACGACCUGGAGACACAGGCCGACGCUUAUUGGGACGCGAUCACAGAUUCCGACGAGGUGGACGUUGGGGAGACGAUCCCGCUCGAUGUCGGCACCACGCUGCACUUCAGCCAGGAGACGUGGGCGUCGCAUUUCAAGAUCUACGUGCCGGCGAACACGUCCCACAUCGCGGUGUUCGCGGAGCACUUCCCGACAGAGUUCGAAGGCGCGUACCAUUACCUCCGGUCCGCCAACGGCGAGGACAUCGAGCCCGUGGCCGAGGAGUCGGGCGCGGGAUGCGAAAGCGCCAGCGAGAGCACCAGCACCGACGAUUCCAAGAUCUGGGGCGAGGUGAUCCUGGCCGCGUUCGUCACCGUGCUCCCAACACUGAUCGGCAUCGUGCUCGUCGUGAUGACGUGCAUGCCCAAGCUGAAGGCCAUGAUGGCGGGCGAGGGCGGCAUCGUUGCGGUCAUUCAUUCGUUUGCCUCCGGCGUGAUCUUCGCGGCCGCUGUGUUCCUUCUGCUUCCGGAGGGCCUGUACCUCGCCACCGUCGGGAAGACAGAGGCGGGCGGAUCCGGGAUGUGGGGCGCUUCCGUCUUGGCAGGGUGGUUCUUCGCGACUGUGGUCAAGCAGUUGUGCCAGCUCGUGAUUGGAGAAAGGUUGAACCUCACCGUGCCGGCCGGGAACGGGGAGGUGGAGGAGGAGCCAGGGAAGAGCAAGUCCACCAGCUGGCUGGUCUCCUUCCCCAUCCUGUUCGGAGACAUGUUCCACAACUUCUCGGACGGUCUGGUCCUCGGGGUCGCCUUCAAGACGUGUGGCGCGUCCUUCGGGUGGAAGAUCGCGUGGGUCACGGUCCUGCACGAGGUUCCUCAGGAGCUCUCCGACUUCGCCGUCCUGAUCACGAAGGGGAGGAUGGCCUGGCCCAUGGCCCUCACCCUCAACUUCCUCUCUGGGCUGUCGACGGUCAUCGGGGCCAUCGUCACCUACUCCAGCGACGUCAGCUCCGGGGUGGAGGGCGCCAUCCUCGCCGCGGGCGCCGGAGUCUACCUGUACGUGGCCGCGACGGAGCUCGGCCCCGCGGUGGGGGACCUCAUGGGAGACCGCGCCCUCGGCUCCCUCGCGCGGCUCCUCAGCUUCGCGCUGGGCGCCACGCUCAUCGGCCUGGUGCUCCUGGACCACGAGCACUGCUACGCCUCGGCCGCGGCGGGCGCGGAGGGCGAGGCGGCGUCGGACGGCCACGCCCACGGAGCUCGCAUGUUUGCGGCGAUCGGUACUCCAGCGGAGCCAGCGGCGCUGCCAGCAGCAGCGUGGUGCCAGUGGAGGACGCUGGAGCUGGCGGCCACCCCGAGGUGGGUCGCCUCCGAGGCCGCGGGCCUGGGGCGCGAGGUGGCGGCGCAGGCCCAAGAGCUCUUCUGCAGGCACCGCGUCGACCGCGCCUUCCUGGACUUCUUGGCCUCGCCCGCGGGCGCGGCCGUGCUGGCCGCGUGGCGCGAGGACAACGCUGGCCACGACCAGCCUGCCCCCGCGGAGGCCGCCGAGGCGCAGGUGCACGCGCGUGGCGCGGGGCGCCAGCGGGUCGACAGGCGCGUGGAGAGGCCAGCCGGAAACUACUUCCGCCACGCAGAGCCGCCCUAUCGCCACCCGCCUUCUUCGGCGCACGCGCCAGCCGCCGCGGAGCAGGCGAGGCGCAGCGAGCCCCCGGCCACGCCCGAGCGCGCCGCGCCCCGCCCGCGCCGCCGCGCCGCCGACCGCGGCGCCUGCGCGGGCGCGCCUCGUCGGCACGCUGAAGUCCUUCUCCGCCGAGACGGGCUGGGUUCUCUAUCAUCCGCUGCGCGGCGGUCCCCGGCGACGUAUUUGUUCGCCAGGUGGACCUCCCGCAGGACGCCGCCACGGCGGAGCCGGGCAGGCCCCUGGAAUUCGCGCUCUGCAGGGACCAGCGCGACCGCCCCCAGGCGCGGGAGGUCUCGUGGCUGCAGGGCGCUUCCCCGAGCGCGGCGCGCCGCUUCCACGGGCAGCUGA